AUGGCCCAAUGGACAAGGCGUCUGACUACGAAUCAGGAGAUUCCAGGUUCGACCCCUGGUAGUCUCAUAUUUUUAGUUUUUAACUAUGUUGUACUUAAUUUUGGUGAUAUUGUCAGAGUUGACAUUGGUAACCAAAAUCGGGAUUUACAAGCAACCAUUACAAGUGCCAGAAAAGAAAUACCAGAUAGAGACUUGACAAUUAGUUCUAGUAACCUGUUCUUGUUGUGCCCAAAUUCUUGUCAGCCAAUCAGAAUGACGAUUACACAGAAUUCUCUUUUGAGAACGAUGACCGAAGUGAUUUCCUUUUGCUUACAAAAGAAUUAG